UUGCAGCGCGCUCCCGGGUACUGUAGCUCAAUGAAGAGAGAAAUUAGAUGCGGAGCGGGCCCUUUGUGAGGAAGCCGUGCAGCGGGGGGAACCGGAUGCUGAAGCUCUAAGAGGAUCCGGCGAAAAAGCAGCACCGGAGUCCGUGCUUUUUUUCUUCAAUCCACCCCCCACCCUCCAGGGAGAUGCAGAGAGCAGAGUGAUGCUGCACAAAGGGCUGUGCGCGCUGGGGAGGAUGCAGCAUCCUGCAGGAGGAGCGCACUGAGCAGCAGAGACAGGGAGGAGCAUCCACCUGCUGCAAGCACAGAGCUCUCUCUCUACCACUUGCCCACUGCACAGGGAGGGGGGGGGGAAGAGCUCACUGAGCCAGGGCACAGGGGCACCCACUUACUCAGCCACCUAUUCAUUCUCUGAGCCAGCCCUGAGCAGGGCAGCACUGAACCACCUUGGAUUAGGGCACUACUGAACCAGCAGCACCCUGGCAUCUAGUACACUUGCUGGGCACCUUUUCACCCAUUGACUACUGAGAUACUACAGGGACUCCCUGAGUCAGAGGACACUAAGUGGUUUAUCACUGGAGAGGCUGUAACUCCAUCCUGCACUGCUUUCUGCCAAUGAGCCUCCCGGCAGAGAGCCAAUUGGAACAUCUGGCACAGAGGAGGGCACUUUACUAGUGAGAUUGAGAGGAGCGCUGACCCUGAACACUCUACAACAAACAGCAAGUGAGGAUACUUUCAACUAGGACCCCAAUAUUGCAACUCCACCAUUAGCAGCUCUGAUUCAUGACAUCAUAAGAAUACAUUUUAGAGAAGGGGGCAAGGCUCCAGGAGGACGUGUGAUUGGAACAUCAACAUGAGAAUCCUUGACUAAGAAGGCUGGACACCCACAGUGAGCUGUGGAAUGAGCACCACCACGAUAAAUUGAUGGACAGCCAGGAAGAAAAAGACCCCGCUGCACAUGGAGCCAGCACCCUUCUGAUAAAUGGGAUAAGUGAAAAUGAUCCCGAAAAUAAUGUGAAGUCCUACAAUGCUGCAGAUGCUGUUACUUUUCUUGCCUUAAAGCAGAAGGAAACUGAUGUUUGUCACAGAGCAUUGCCCUCCAUCAGUUCCAAGGAACCCUGUUUACUGAGCCCUCCAUCUCCUUUGAGGUUAUCUGAUGCGGCCGACCAUGCUGCCUGUGACCCCUCAGCACAGGCCAUUUCCCUGACAACCUGUGUCACCAAGGGCUUGAGUGCCUGGUCCAUGUCCAGUGAAAGUGAAAAAACACAGUUUACCAUCAUGGAGCCUGGGGCAAUAUCUGCACUUACCGGGGACUGUUUGAUGCAGCAAAGUCGGACAUGUCUAGGCUGCUUCAUAGAAACAAAAGAUGGUGUUGACCCAGAGCCAGGAGUAAGUAUAAAAAUGGGAGAUGUAAACAGGGACUAUGAUGCUUGCCCAGUAUCAGACAUUGGGAUUCAUUGCAUGAGCACCGGGGAUAAUUUAAAAUAUGGCGAUCAGCUUCUUUCUGACCAGCUCCUCAGCUUUCCUGUUCAUAAGUCACAAGAAGUAGACAAAAUAGACCCAGAAAAACCAUCCGACAGUGAUUCAGAGGACCCCACACAAAAGAGCUACUAUGAUGGUCUUCUGCUGGACAAGUGCAAUGGGGAGGAGGCUUUGAUAACCAACGUAAACCAAGAGUGGGGCUACUUUGAGUCAUUUAUCAGUGAAAGUAAGAUUGAACUUCUAGACUUGUGCUCCAAGAAUGAUCUGUCAGUUAACUUAUUUUCAGAGGAAGAUGUUGAUAAUUACAUGUUUGAUGAUGAUGACUCUACACUGGGUAGUGAUGUGUGUUCUUUAAAGAUCAGAUAUGAGUCAUUUCAGGACAAUGUGAGAGAAAAGACGACUGCCCUCCAGGAGGAUGCUCAGUUCAAUUUUUUCCCAAGUGUCUUCUCCAACUGCACUAAGAGGGAGAGCAAGAGCUCUAGAAAGAAAGCACUGGACCCUUCAAAUUUUAAACUUGAAGAAGGGGAGAUCUGGGGAGCUGAAGACGAUGAUGAAGAAGAAGAAAAUGAAGAAGAGAGCACAGAAGUGAAAUCCAGCCUGAAUAAGUCUUGUGGAAGCAUGGAUGUGGUACAAUAUAUCAGCACAAAAAGACAUCACUUUCUAGAUUCAGUCAAUUCGGCAGAAGACUCGGGAGAGUACAGCGAUGACAGCUCAUGCAGCGAGUCUUCAUAUGAUGUUCUGGGAGACAUUACGGACUGUAGCAGGUAUUUGUCUCGUGAGCACUCCCAUUCACUCAUCCAACCAAAUUAUGGUCUUAGAGAAAAGAGAAAAGUCAGGUACAGCGAUGACUAUUUAUAUGACAUGGAUUCUCUGGAGAAUGAAAAAGUUGUAGAGAAGAAGGAAGAAGCUCCAGAUGGCCCCAAAGAAGAAGAUGAUGACGACUGGUGUCCUAAAAAACGAAGGAAAGCAUAUAGAAAGGAGCCUCCCGUUAUUAUAAAAUACAUCAUUGUCAACAGGUUUAAAGGGGAGAAGCAUAUGCUUGUCAAACUUGGCAAGCUCGAUGCAAAUGAAACCACAGUUACUCUGAGUGAUGACCAGCUUGGAAAAUAUCAAAAGCUUGCACCACUCAAGGACUACUGGGUGGAACAUCAAAGGAAUGUAUCAGCAAUGCAUGGAAACGCUAAUCCUGAUGGUUCUGAAAACCCUGUCCCACCUAGAAAGAGAAAAGGGCAUUUAGCAAACAGACACAGGUUGCAGAGGAUACAAACCAUUGAACAACCACUGAGUAGAGAGGGCCUUUCCUCCUAUAAAAACAGACAAGCAUGCAGUAGCAAAGAUGAUGCCAGUCUUAAUGACUUGCAUACAUUAGCCAUAGAAAACCCAAGCUGCAUUAAAGGAUUGCAUUUAAGUGAUGUGAUUUCAGAUGUUGCUCCAGUGCGGAGCAGAACUUUAGAAAGAGAGCUUAAAAACAAAGAGAGGAAGAUAGUCCGUAAGAUCAAGUUUAAAAGUGAAGCCAGGCUGAAGUGCAGACAGCUCAAAUUGGAGCAGGUAGACAUUAAUGCUCAAGAUACUAGUGCAAUCUAUCCAGUUAUGGAAAAUCAGAACUCCACAACUCUUUUAAAAGAGGAAGCAAUUCAUUGUGCAGAAGACAAUGCCCAUCUAUCUCAAUGCCAUGCUGAUAAUAAUGCUAAUAAUUCUUCUUUUUUACAAGCUACCUGCUCUUCCGACAAGCCAGUACCAUCUGCUCACAUAACUACCAAUGUACCAGUUCUCCCUGGAGGCUAUCUACAGACAUUGUUAGAUGCAUCAGAUUCAUCUAGCAGCACUGGCAUCACAUACUUUUCACCACAUGCCUUGGGGCAGCACUCACUCAGUGUCAUACAGACAGAAAAACAGUUAAAUUCUCUCCAACUUGCACAGAGCUGUGUUCUUUCACCCCCUUCUGAAUCUGAGUUGCAGCAGUCACCCCAUCACUUAGAUAUGGAACAGAACUUCCCAGAUAUCUGGCAUGGAAAGUCUUCUAGUAAUCAAACCGAGUUCAUUGCAACCCUUAAGGAAGUGUCCAUCAUAUCUGGGCCAUUCACAGGCUCUACAGCUGUAUCUGAUGCAGACAUCACUGCUUCUGAAUAUAGUCAAGUUAAUCCGAAUACCACCAAACAGCUGUACCACAAAACAUAUUUGCCUGCAGGCCAGAUUCAGCAAGAAGACUCUUAUCAACCAUGUCAUUACAGCAAUGGAGAUGGGCGCUUCACUUUACAGAGAGGAACGCUUACCACAAACAAUGGAAGGCUCAUUAGUUUUGACUCAGUUGGCUCAUUGUCUGUUAGUUCCAGUAAUUACAGCUCUUUAAGUUUGAAGUCAUGUGAAAAGGAUGGUGAGGAUGAAAUUAAUGAUGAUUUUCUAGCACACUGUAGCCCCAAACUUGUCAUACAACAGAGCAUUGAUGAAAUUACACCAUUAAAAGAGUCCACUGACCUUCUAGACAUCUCCAAUUUCACCCCUGAUAAGUUCAGGCACUCUUCACUUUCUGAAAUGUCCCCACCAGACACCCCAAACCUCUCACCCCAGAUUGCAGGUCCAGAAGUAAAAUCCAUUGCUAACCUAAAGGGCUUCCAGAAUGGUAACCAGGCAGAGCACAGCAGCCCAGAGAAAACCAAGUGGAACUGUACUGUGCAUCCUUCUCAGGAGCAGAACAAUAAUGGUUUUGCACUGAAUAAUCAUCAGUUCCAGUUCCACAUGUUUAACGAUGAGGAUUCUGUGAGUGUGUUAGAAAAGGGCCCAUGCUUAUCUGCAUUUGAUGAAACUACAGGGCCCAUUACCAGCAACAGCAAAGCAUCAAAGUCUAAAAAGAAACCAGCAGCCAGCAGAAAUGCUGGUGCCAACCAAAGCUUUCCUCCAAAAACUACAAAAAAAAAAUCCCCCAAAGUUAGCAAAGGCACCGAUAAAACACAAGUAAAAGCUCCUCGGCAAGUGGGUCCAAAGUCAUCCAAAAAAGUAAAAAAUGCAAAUGACAAGAGCCAGUUGAACAAUGCACUCCCCACAUCCAAGGCCGAUGCCAUACAGCAUUUUGGACCUGGUGCUUCGAAGGCAGGAAAGCAGAAUGACUGGAAGCCUGAUAAAAGUAGCAGUGGUGGGUGGUCUAAUUCAAAGAAAGGAAAUGCUAACAAUCUGCUUGACGAUGACCAAAGGGAGUUUGAAGAACCAUCUAAUAUUUUGUCCAACAUUGCAUCUGGCAUGGCUGAUGUUCAGCGGUUCAUGAUGGCCUCAAUGGAGCCUUUAUAUAGUCCUGUUUGCCAAAACAACAUUCCUGAUGUCUUGCUGUCUCCAGAGUCCAACAGCUUGAAAUUAAAAACUCUUAAAAUUCUUGCUGGGACCCCACAAGAGUUCAAAAAGAAGAUAAAUGGCAGCUCGGCCAGCAGCACAAAGAAGUCUGCAAACAAGGGCUCAGGUAAAAAGUUAGGGGUGUUUGACCCUAGCUGCCCUCUGGGUUAUGGAGCAAAUCUUAACCCAGCCUUUUUUGAUAAGAACUUUGGAAACCUAAGUAUUUUAACCAAUACUGUACCGACUCACAAAAAGCUGUACCGUCACAAGUCAACAUCGAAAACAUUGAGGGAUGAAAAUUUUAAAGGGAAAAGAAUGGAUCAAGCCCUUAAGGACCCUUCGGUCACAGUUGCUUUAGAAAAACUGAGGUAAUGCUGCACCAAAGUGGCUAAAGUAUCUACUUUAUGUUCCUCAUUCCUGCUAAGCCUGCUGGUUUCUGUUUUAGUUUCUUUUUAAUUCUCCAAAAUGGUUACAAGUCUGCAUGAUACGGCCAUUGCCUUGCAAAUACAGAAAAAAGGCUGUGCAUGUCAUAUGCUAACAAGCUACCUAUUAUGACUGAUUUCUGACUUGGUCAGGGUUUUACAUUGACUAAAUCUUAACAAAGCUUCUAUUUUCUGCAGUUUGACAUCUUUAUUUAUAAGAUACAUUACUUGCUUCAUUGUUUUGUAGCGCAAAAACCUUUUUUUCUUUGUUCAAACACCUUGUAAAAAAAAUCUACAAAAAAAUAUGCAUCGAAAAGCCACGUGGAAACGUGGAACAAAUUCUCGUGUUAGUUUUUUUUUUACAUCAUGCGGUCCCAUGAUGUGUUCUUCAGCUCCCCCUGCUGAAAUUUUGCUAUUCUGCGUUGCAAAACCAGAAGCCUGAAACUGUUUACAUUGCAACCCCCCCCCCUCAUUGGAUUAUCAAGAUGACACCGAGUGUUUUUUUCUGCAGGGAGUCAAGAAUUCAUACAAAGUGGAGGGGGAAAAUAUACUUUUCAUUUUUUUCAAGAAAAUACAUCUUUUUUUUUUUAAGAAGGAAAAUUAAAAUUGAUGUCUAUGUUAUAUGUUUCUUUUGGGGGAAAAAAUAUAUAAUUGCCUUGUGCUUUUGUUAAUCUGUUGAGUGCUGAAAAUUGAGGGUUUGAAUUAUGACUACUUAUUUGAAGGGCAGCUUAAUCUGAUAUUCUCUGUGAAAGACUGUUUAUAAAGUCAUACUGUUGUACAGUAAUAAUGCACUAUUUACAACCCACAUGAAAUCUGAAAACAAUGUGCCAAACUCUGAUCUGUGACUGUACAUAUAUAUAGUAUGAAAUAUAUAUAGUAUGAAAUAUAUAUAUAUAUAUAUAUAUAUAUAUAUAUAUAUAUAUAUAUAUAUAUAUAUAUAUAUAUAUAUAUAUAUAUAGCAGACAUAUCAUUAGGGCAACGGGGAUAUUUUGUGAACCUAAGCCUUUCGCUUUACUUCAAACAUUCCAAAAUCUAUAUUUUUAAUUCACCCACUUUAGAGAACCUAAAUCCACACAAUACAGAUACAUUUGGAUUUGGUUCGGUUUCAGUCAUUUACCAUGCUGCAUAAUUAACAUAGUUGAUAUGUGCCAUAAUGACUUACCUCAUAGUAUAAGACUCAUUCUGUGUUUAUGUGACAUCAUAAACAUACCCAGAAAGACCAAAGGCUAAAAAGAAACAAUGGGGCUUACACAGAAACUUUGCCCAGCGUUGAAACUCUUAGCAACCAAUCAGCAGCUGGCUUUGACUGGUACAGUACAUCUGAUUGGUUGCUGAAAAUGUUACCUGUGCCCCUUCCUAACCUCGAUAAUCUCUCUUAUUGCCUAUCAGUGUUCUGCUCCACAUUCUAUGCAUUCUUUUAUUUAUAGUUUAAUUGUUGCAAAAACUGCUGCACAACUCUACCAAGGAGAAUGAGUGGAAUAUCUUCAGUCACUUUGCUCUUUUGUGGCUGGACUUAAUCCUAGAAUCCCAUAGCUUUAGGAAAAGUAGAUAUGCACUACAGUCUGGCAUUGCAUUUUAUGAUGCCUUUACCUACAGCAGAAAUCUCCAAACUGAAGCUGUUGCUGAACUACAGCUCUCCACAUCCAAUGACAGAUUGCAGAUGGCUUCUCUUAAAGGGGAAGGAAACCUAGU